AAUAGAGAGAUCCAGUAGGUAUUUUCUCUUAAAACUGGGAGAGACAAAAAUUUUGGAAUAUACCCAUGAAGGUCCGCAACUGAGUGGAAAGUUCUCUGCUGGUUUGCCUGCUGGUAGCCAAACUGAGUGUGCAAUCGUCGAUGAUGGAGAAAGGAAAAGAGCCCAUUGCAACCGACGAGGAAGCGGAAGUUGGUGAGAUCGAGGAGACUGACGAACCUUUAGAAAUCGUUCUGUUUCAAGUUUCUGAAUGCUAUGUUUAUUUGAUACCUCCAAGGAAAACUGCAGGAUCCUACAGCGCUGAUGAAUGGAAUGUCAAUAAAUGGGCAUGGGAGGGAAUUUUGAAAGUCAUUAGCAAGGGAGAAGAGUGCAUUAUCAGGCUUGAAGACAAGAAUACAGGUGAAUUGUACGCGCGAGCAUUUCUGAGAAAUGGAGAGCCUCAUCCAGUGGAAUCUGUUAUUGAUAGCAGUAGAUAUUUUGUUCUUCGAAUUGAGGAGAAUAUUGGUGAGUAAUUUUUGCUCUCUUUCAAAUUCAUUUAAAUUUUU